AUCAAAAUGGGUUUAUUUUAUUAGUAAUCCCAUCAUAUUAUUUAUAUAUUUAGAAAUAGAUAACUUAAACCUAACAUUUUAUAUUUUAUAUGAUUAUUAGAUUACUAAAAUAGACUUAUUUUAUUAAUAAUUUCAUCGUAUUGUCUAUAUAUUUAAAGAUUAACAGCUCACUACAAUUAGUACAUAACAUCUUAUAUCUCACAUCAUUAAAUUGCUAAAAUAGAGUUAUUUCAUUAAAGAGUGUGUGAUAUGGUUGUGGUAAGAAUGAAGAGAAGAAGAAUCAUAGCAAGCUUGGGUUUUCUAAUGUUAAUGGGCAUUGCUGUCUAUUUCAGGCUUUGGGCCAUUCACUACAGCAUCUCCUCUGAUGACUCUGACCUCCUAAGGCGACAGUUAGGGAAGCAAUGGACAAAUCUGCCGAGUGGAGGCUAAGCAUUUGGCCAACAGUUUUCUGAUUGGACAUGGCGGAUUUUCUGACCUCUACCCACCGUGCCAAGUGGAUCUUCACUCCUCAACAGUUGGUGGCCUCAAUCUACUGUUCCAACUUUCAAAAUCCUAGCAUGCGAAUGUUUGCACAAGGUCUGGAUUGGGGAACAAAUAUCACUAGUGAGGUUCCUGAGUCAAAUGGUGUCAAUUUGAUCAUCAACGGUUUGAAUGAGGUGAUUCCUGAAGCAAAGGAUGUUGUGAGAGUUGAUUUGGUAGGGGGAUUUGCAUUGCAGAAGGUGACAUCAGAAAGAAGUUACUUUCGGACAAUAGCAAAUAUGGAUAUAAAGCUGGAUUUUGUGCCUCCAUCUCUCAUAAACUUCAUUUCGAGGCAGUUGAUUAGCAAUGGUUUCAGGCUGUACAAGAAGGUCGCAGAGUUUCUUCAGAUAUCAAUUUCUUUUAUUUUGGAUUCGACUGAUAUUUACUUUGUUACUACUUUAUGUUAUCCAUAGUAGUUCAUUCUAUAACAAAGAAGCUUAAGUUAAUAAAAUGUGUAUCAUCUAAUAUAUUCUGUGACCAAAUCAUCUACCCUGUAGAUUCUUUAAUUAUCAUCAUCAUUACCCUCAUUUUGAUGCAGACUGUGGCUUCUAUGAUGAGCCAUGGUGAAGAAGAAUUGAGCAAGGCAUUGGGGGAUCCAUUAUAUGUCAGAAUUCGUGAAUCUUUGAGCUUAAACAAGAUGCGGAUAUUCUCCCUGCUGAAGAGGACCUUAUUGAAAGUAAGCAAGAUGAGGCAAAGGUUGCAGCUGAAGAGGAUAAAAGCAAUCAAUAUGCAAAUAGUACCACGUCGAUGGUGGUGAAUGGAGUAGUAGCAAAUAGCAGCAAAACAAUAAAUAGAGAGCUCAUUGGCAACUCUUAAAGCACCAAACACAACCAUGCAAAAUCCCAGUGGAAGCAAAUCACUUCGCUCUCUGAUUCAACACAUUCUUAAUUUUCUGUGAUUAAUGAUACUACUGGUUGGGAAUGCUUGCAAGUUGCAACAACCCCUCAUAUCAUGGCAAUGCUUCUUAGGAUCGUUCAUUGGGAUUGGUUUAUUGUCUAACUUAAUGUAACAUAGUUAUAGGCUUGUAGCAUUUUUUGUUUAGAUUUGUAACA